AUGGAAGGAAGAGUGGUGAAUGUUGAGGGGCAAAUUGAAGCGGUGGAGGUCGCGAUAGCAGAAACGAAAGCGGAGACAGUGUUCUUGCGGCAUGAAACGGGAACGCUGAGGCAAAACUGCGAGGUGAUGCGCCAAGAUAUUCAAGCAAUCUUGACGAUCUUAAGGGAUCGCAAGAACGACAAUAAGGGCCAGCGUCGGGAUGGCAGUGAAUCGUCUGUAAACGAUAACGGAGGAGAGCCAGGAGGCGAUGGAGGACAAACAGGAGUAGGACGAACGGGGACGAUGCCCAAUUGGCGGAAGCGGGUGGAGCUUCCUGUGUUCGAAGGGGGCGAACCCUGGAAUUGGAUUAGUCGGGCUGAGAAGUUUUUUGAGGUGCAGAAGGUGGAAGAGGAGGAGAAGUUGCAACUGGCCUUCAUUAGUAUGGAAGGGUACGCCGGAAGCUGGUUCCGAUUCUGGCGGGAGAAAACCAAGAACUAUUCUUGGGAAGGGUUGAAGCGAGCUUUGGGAAUUCGAUUUGGAGGAGGAACGAGGGGAACUGUGUAUGAGAAACUAUCGGCGAUCAAGCAGACAGGAGCAGUGGAAGACUAUAUCAGGGAUUUCGAGGUGUUAGUGGGUCAGACGACUCAGAUUCCGAAGGAGCAAAUCCUUGGAUACUUUAUGGCGGGACUCAGGGAGGAGUUAAAUUGGGCCACAUCAGUGGGCGAUCACGUGAGGCCGCAUGAUCCCCCAGAUCUCAUGACGACGAUGCGGAUCGCGAGGGACGUAGAAAAAUUGUGUAAACCGUUAAUGACGGGAGGAGGAUCGGGUUUCAAAAUUCAAAAUUCGUGGGGACGAUCGACGAGCGUCGUCACCCGAGUUGAUCCAACUAGGGAUUCGCAGAACCGAGGAGGGGGGAGGGCCGUUGAGAGUGUCGGGUCUGUGAGGAGAGAGACGACCCCAGGAAGCGGGGCCGCCAGAACCACCGGAGAAGGAAGAGAACGGGGUCCGCGUAACUUGCCGUAUUCAGAGUACUUGAAAAGGAGGGAGGAGGGAAAAUGCUUCCGAUGCGGAGGUCCGUUCAGCCCGGGCCAUCGAUGCCCAGAACGAGGAAUUCGAAUGUUGAUUAUGGUGGAUGAAGAGGAGGAAGAAGGAGGUGAAACGGAGACAGAAGUGGAUAUCGCCGUGAUGGAAUUAUCGGCCCUGUCGGCGGGGGGCCUGACUACUUCCAUAACGAUGAAAUUAAAGGGGCGAAUAGGAGAAAGAGAGGUGCUUGUUCUGAUUGACAGUGGCGCGAGCCACAACUUUAUUAGCCGGUGUUUGGUGGCGGAACUGGGUAUGGCAGUAAGGGAGACCCAACCUUAUUUCGUCAGUUUGGGGGACGGACAGAAGAAAAAGAUUAGCGGGUGUUGUGAGCAAGUAGUUUUGGAGCUGAGGGGCACCGAAAUUGUAGAACAAUUUUACCUUUUUGAGCUUGGGGGAGUGGAAAUAAUACUAGGCAUUGAAUGGUUAAAGAAGCUAGGGGAAGUGACUGUAGAUUGGGGAAAACUUACGAUGGUAUAUCGGCAAGGAGAGAAGAAGAUAACUGUGAGAGGGGAUCCCAAGUUGGAACGAAAGGUGGUGGGACCCAAGGCUUUAUUAAAAAUAAACAAUGCAGAAGCUUGGAUGAUGGUUUGGGAAUUGGGCUCCAUUGAGGCCCAUAAUAGUGGCCAGAAGUAUGUGGACCUUACAGAAAAGCAGAAGGAGGAAAUGGAGCAGCUUCUAGACCAAUAUGACGUGGUGUUUGCUGAGCCCACCAGCUUGCCACCUAACAGAGGCAUGCAACAUCGGAUAACACUUAAAGAAGGAAGUGACCCCGUCAACGUCAGACCCUAUCGGUACCCACACGUGAUGAAGACCGAGAUAGAGCAGCAGAUCGCCGAGAUGCUCCGGACAGGGGUGGUCCGACCAAGUCACAGUCCGUAUUCGAGUCCGGUAAUUCUGGUGAAGAAAAAAGACGGCAGCUGGCGUUUUUGUGUAGACUACCGGGCCCUCAACCGCGCGACUGUGCCAGACAAAUUUCCCAUUACCGUCAUCGAGGAGUUGCUGGACGAACUGAAAGGAGGGACUUUCUUCUCAAAAAUCGAUUUGAAGGCCGGAUAUCAUCAAAUACACAUGCACGAGGAGGACAUUGAGAAGACGGCUUUUCGAACACACCAGGGGCACUACGAAUUCGCAGUAAUGCCAUUCGGACUCACCAACGCGCCGACGACGUUUCAGAGCGCAAUGAACAGUCUUCUCCGGCCCUAUUUGCGAAAGUAUGUCUUGGUGUUCUUCGAUGACAUACUGAUUUACAGCGGUAAUUGGAAGGAACAUCUUGAGCAUGUAGCGAGCGUACUGUCGACGUUGAAGCGAGAACGGUGGGUGGCUAACCGGAGAAAGAGCGAAUUCGGGCAAACCCAAGUUAAAUAUUUGGGGCAUGUCAUUUCCAGCAAGGGCGUGGAAAUGGACGACGAUAAAAUAAAGGCCAUAGUGGAGUGGGAAAGACCAAGAACAGUAAAGAGCUUGAGAGGGUUCUUGGGGUUGACCGGGUACUACCGGCGAUUCGUCCGAGACUACGGAAAAUUCGCCCGACCUCUGACGGAACUGCUAAAGAAAGGUGGGUUUACUUGGAACGCAGAGGCAGAGGAGGCUUGGAAGACGUUGAAGAAGGCGAUGACGACAGCACCCGUGCUGUCACUGCCCGAUUUUAAGCAGUCAUUCCACAUCGAAUGUGAUGCUUCCGGCCGAGGAGUGGGGGCAAUUUUGAUGCAGGAGAGGAGGCCCAUAGCUUAUUUUAGCAAGGCGAUAUCUGAGGGGAAGUUGAGCAAGUCAAUAUACGAGAAGGAAUUAAUGGCUCUAGUAUUGGCCAUACAACAUUGGCGGCCUUACCUCGUCGGGCAGAAAUUCAUCGUUCAUACCGAUCAAAAAAGCCUCCGACAUUUGCUGGAGCAACGUAUUACCACCCAAAAUCAACAGGACUGGAUCGCAAAGCUGCUGGGAUACGACUUCCAGAUAGUUUACAAAGCAGGGGCUGCUAAUAAAGCUGCAGAUGCCCUGUCUAGAAAAUAUGAGGGGGAAGAGGAUGAAGAAAAAGAACUGGGCGUGAUGGCCAGACCCUUUUGGCAGGAUUUUGAGGAGGUGGUGCGAUAA